CGGCGCCGGAAGUCGAGGGGCGGGUCCAAGGAGGCGUGGUCUCCUAAGCUCAUGGCGGGAGCGAUACUGGGGUCGGGCCGCAUCAUGCGGCUUCCGGGUGGUCAGCUUUGGCUUCUCCUGCCUCGCGGUUUCGGGGUUUGGGGUCCGGCAGAGGGGACCCGGAGGCUCCUACUGAGGCAACUGUGCGCGCAGCGAGAGACGGGGUGGCGGGCCUCGGGGCUCGCAGGCCGCUGCCUGGGGUGUCGGCACCUCAGCACCGCGAUGCCGCCACCCCCGGGGGCGUCCGGACCCGAGCCGAAAGGCCGCAGAGACCCCACGCGCCCCUCGAAGCCCGGGCCUGUUUCCUGGAAGUCUUUAGCAGUCACAUUUGCUAUUGGAGGAGCUUUAUUGGCUGGGAUGAAGUACUUCAAGAAAGAGAAGACAGAGCAGCUGGAGAAAAAACGGCAGCGAAGCAUUGGAAAGCCUCUGCUUGGGGGACCAUUUUCCCUCACCACUCAUACUGGAGAGCCCAAAACCAAUAAGGACUACCUGGGCCAGUGGGUGUUGAUUUAUUUUGGUUUCACUCAUUGCCCUGAUAUUUGUCCAGAAGAACUAGAAAAAAUGAUUCAAGUUGUGGAUGAAAUAGAUGGUAUUCCAAGUCUGCCAAAUUUAACUCCACUUUUCAUCACUAUUGACCCAGAGAGGGACACAAAAGAAGCCAUUGCAAAUUAUGUGAAAGAAUUUUCUCCCAAACUGGUUGGCUUGACUGGCACAAAAGAAGCUAUCGACCAAGUGGCCAGAGCUUACCGAGUGUAUUACAGCCCUGGCCCCAAGGAUGAAGAUGAGGACUACAUAGUGGAUCAUACUAUAAUAAUGUACUUGAUUGGACCAGAUGGUGAAUUUCUGGAUUAUUUUGGCCAGAACAAGAAGAAUGCAGAAAUAGCUGGUUCAAUCGCUGCGCACAUGAGGGAACACAGGAGAAAGAGCUAGCCAAAGCGGCAUUGCCAGUGCCGUGUUCUCUUGCUGAAGAGGAAGGAACUUUGUCUCCCAUAGGAGACAACUCACAUACGUAUGCAACCUGCAGAAUGGCCUUCAUACCACGAGAACAUCUGUUAUUUUUGACAGGGCGUGUCACCUGUGGGAUCAGCCAACAUAGAUUAUUGGAACUGUGAAGAUUACAACCAAAAGCAUCCCAAAUAGCCAUCGCAAGACUGAAGGACCAAAUUAGCCACUGGAGUGGACCUCAGGGAAGGUCACCGCGAGAGACGCAUUGCCGAUGUGUUUCUGUCGCUGAACAGGGCCCUCUGGUCGGUGUUGCUGCCUCUCCAGUGCCUUGGACCCUUGCUCAUACAGGUUCUGGGACUGAAUUUCCAGGAAUACAAUUUCUGUAGUGCUCUUGCUCCCCUUUGAGUUCCUAGUGGCUAAUGAAUGAGGCUGUCUGCCCUUCGAAGCUAAGCUGUCCACUGGAAAGCUUGAGUGCAGUCUUGUUCGUUGAGGAAUACCGCUGUCAGGUUUGCAUCGCGGGCCCUCUCAGCAGGUGCUGGUUUGACUAACGAGGAGGGAAUCUGUUGUUUGGGGAAAACCAUUAGAUUAGUUUCUUCAGGGAUCUUUGUGUGUGUGAUUUUGUGCUAGAUUUUCAAUGACAUAUCGAGUGGAAACGAGGCUCUUGCCCUGAGUGUGGUGCAGACUACCUUUCUGCCUGUGCUGACUGCUCUGUGUGGAAUCCACAUUGCAGCUUGGACAAGCAUGACAUUUCUCGUGGGUGAAGAGUGAGUGCGUAGGGCAGACACCCACAGGCGAUGGAUGGACAGGUGGGGGCUUGGAGUGCAGGCUCCCGGGCUGAGCUGGAGCCACUGAGCCGGGUAGGAUGCAGAGACUGCAUUCAUAACACACCCUGCGUGCCUCAGGCCCUGGUGGCCUGGGACCUUCCCUGAGAAAAUGUGAGGGAACAAGGUUUGGAUCUGGCUGGGUGAAGACUCAUCAUUUGAUGUAUCAGUAAAAGGUUGAGCACACGGCUAGGAAAAUGGUUGCCGAGUGAUGGAAUGAAUCAGCAGCUUUGGCUUUUGUUCUGAAUUUCACGUUUUCCACCUGUGACUGCUGCCCUAGGGCAAAGCUGUCUGAAGGUUUUCCAGGAGAGCCCACCACAGCAGGUGCAGCACCCAUCAGAGCAAGCUUCUCUGCACUUCGACUGUUUCAACAUGCACGUGAAACAGGCAGUGUCUACUUAAACCCACUCUAAAGACAUGUCAAAAUAUGUGAAAAAGAAAAAUCAUGAACUCUAUAGUGGUUAUAGGCUAAAUUGUGUCCCCCAAAAUCCAUAUGUGGAAGUCCUAACCCCAGUACCUCAGGAUGUGACUGUAUUUGGAGACAGGGUCUUUAAAGCAGUGAUUAAGUUAAAAUGGGGCUGGUAGGAUGGGCCCUGACCCAGUGUGACUGGUGUCCUCGUAAGAAGAGGAGAUUAGGACACCCAAAGACCAUGUGAAGACACAGGCCUCCAGAAGAAAGCAACCCUGCUGAUACUUGAUCUUGGGCUUCUUCCAGAACUGUGAGAAAAUAAACGUCUAGUUGCAGCCCCCUGGUCUGUGGUACUUUGUUACAGCAGCUUUAGCAAACUGAUGCAGUAGCCAUCCUUUCUUGGGGUGGGUCCCUUAAUGACAGCUGCAAGAUUGGAGUGACUUUGCCAGGAGCUUUGUCAAGGUGAGGAACAUACUGAAAGACUCGUCUCAUGUAACAAGAUGCUAAGUGUCUAAAAUGCCAGACACUUGAAAAGAGGGUCUGUUUUAAGCCACAAAACAUUUGUGUGGAUCAGUGCGGCACGCUUGCCCUAGAUGAAAUUUAGUCCUCAUUCUCAGCUGUUGCAGGUUAGAGCUUGUGUAAUGGUCCAGAAAGGGAGCCAGCAGCUUUUGAAGAAACCUUUUAUUCACUUUUCAUUUCAGUGUCAAGUUUAAAGGCUUAGGCUCAGGAUGCUAGGAGCAGGCUAAUGGACUUCAGAGAUGACGUCCACAUCUCAGGCAUGAGGGAGACAGUCCCAGACAUGCAGGCGUUGCCCUUCCAGACCUUGAUUAGACUUUGGGUCCCAAUUUCUGGUCAAGUCUCUGCUUGUUCCUUUGCCGUGGGGUGCUUAUGGUGACCUUGGGAAUCCAAAGCAGGGGUGCUGUGUGCCCGGGGGCAUCCUGUCAAUUGUGAAUCUUGGGGAGUUGAAAUCAAGGAUGCCUCUCAACAAAGUAUCACUUGCAGAUCUGACGUUGGUGGGUUCGUGUUUUCUUUCCCCGGACUCCAAUGGAAUUAACAGCACACGCUGUUUGUUUGAACGUUAUCAGACUCCUGUCCACAGUGGGCGUGGAGCACUUCGUGCUUCCUUCCGUCCGUGCGGUAGCUGUACCCUCGCGGUGAGAGCCAGGUUCACAGAAUGCCAGGACAGUGCAUGUGUGAGCUAAUGUGAACCAAGUAAAGGGGUUUGGAGUUGUUAGUGCAUCUGCAUAAGAUAUUUUAAAAUCUUUUGUUUUAAAUACAAGGUUAAAAGAAAAUUUUCAAAUAACCCAUCACCCCCCAAAUAACUUUGUUUUUGCAUACAGCACUCUACAAGUUGUGGGAAUUACCUUUAUAAGAGCAGCCACACACGUGUUUUUAUCCCUUCAGCUUACAUGUUUUACUCAUCGUUACGAAUGACAGUCUCUGUGAUGAUGUGGGUGGCUAUUCCUAUUUAUUAAUGAGAUGUAGUUAAUAACCUUCAGCCAUGUGUUCCUUAGUAACACUCUUAGAACU